GGGCCGGCGUGGGUACCGGGUGGGUUCCUCGCGCGUCAGACCACAUGAUCCCAUAAAACAUUCAUCCGCUCCGGAUCCGCGCCGCCGCCGCCGCCCUCGCCCUCCGCUCCGCGGCGCCGCCAGUUCAUCCGACCGGCGGAGCGGAGCGCACCCAGCCUCGUCCCGCGGCCGGGCCGGGGCCGGGCCGGAGCGGCGGCGCCUGGAUGCGGACCCGGCCGCGGGGAGACGGGCGCCGGCCCCGAAGCGACUUUCGGUCCCCGACGCGCCCCGCCCGACCCCGACGAUGAAGAAGGCGCCCGGCGGAGGGAGCCGGCUGCUGGCCUGGGUGCUGUGGCUGCAGGUGUGGCGGGCGGCGGCUCCGUGCCCAGGAGCCUGCGUGUGCUACAACGAGCCCAAGGUCACAACAGGCUGCCCCCAGCAGGGCCUCCAGGCCGUGCCCGCCGACAUCCCCGUGGCCAGCCAGCGCAUCUUCCUGCAUGGCAACCGCAUCACACACGUGCCGGCCACCGCUUUUCGUGCCUGCCGCAACCUCACCAUCUUGUGGCUGCACUCGAACGCGCUGACCCACAUCGACGCCACCGCCUUCGCCGGCCUGGCCCUCCUGGAGCAGCUGGACCUCAGCGACAACGCGCAGCUGCGCGCCGUGGACCCCACCACCUUCCGCGGCCUGGGCCGCCUGCACACGCUGCACCUGGACCGCUGCGGCCUGCAGGAGCUGGGCCCCGGCCUGUUCCGUGGCCUGGCCGCCCUGCAGUACCUCUACCUGCAGGACAACGGGCUGCAGGCGCUGCCUGACGACGCCUUCCGAGACCUGGGCAACCUCACGCACCUCUUCCUGCAUGGCAACCACAUCCCCAGCGUGCCCGAGCGCGCCUUCCGCGGCCUGCACAGCCUCGACCGCCUCCUGCUGCACCAGAACCGAGUGGCCCGCGUGCACCCGCACGCCUUCCGCGACCUUGGCCGCCUCAUGACGCUCUACCUGUUCGCCAACAACCUCUCGGCACUGCCCGCGGAGGCCCUGGCACCCCUGCGUGCCCUGCAGUACCUGCGGCUCAACGACAACCCCUGGGUGUGCGACUGCCGGGCGCGCCCGCUCUGGGCCUGGCUGCAGCAGUUCCGCGGCUCCUCGUCCGAGCUGCCCUGCAGCCUGCCCCGCCGCCUGGCUGGUCGAGACCUCAAGCGCCUGGCGGCCACUGACCUAGAAGGCUGCGCCACGGCCGCUGGGCCCUCCCGUGCUAUCUGGACUGGCGGGCCGGCCGACGAGCAGCUGCUGGGGCUCCCCAAGUGCUGCCAGCCGGACGCCGCGGACAAGGCCUCGGUGCUGGAGGCCGGUAGUCCGGCCUCGGCUGGCAAUGCACUCAAGGGACGUGUGCCGCCCGGUGACAGCCCCGCAGGCAACACCUCUGGCCCGAGGCACAUCAACGACUCCCCCUUUGGGACCCUGCCUGGCUCGGCCGAGCCCCCUCUCACCGGACUGCGGCCCCAGGGCUCUGAGCCACCAGGCCCGCCCACCGUGGGGCCUCGCCGGAGGCCAGGCUGUUCCCGAAAGAACCGCACCCGCAGCCAGUGCCGGCUGGGCCAGGCGGGCAGCGGGGGCAGUGGCGCUGGAGAUGCAGAGGGCUCAGGUGCCCUUCCCGGCCUCGCCUGCAGCCUCGCCCCCCUUGGCCUGGCGCUGGUGCUGUGGACCGUGCUCAGGCCCUGCUGACCAGCCCCCGACUGAGAGCAAGGCCUUCCUCAGUAGCCAGGUGUGUGUACAUACGGGGUCCCCUCCAUGCUGCCAGCCAGCACCGGGAGCCAGGCCCUCCCUGAUGGACGCCUCCCACCCCACCCCCCAUCUCCACUCCAUCAUGUUUACAGGGAGCAGCGGCAGUGUUUGUUCCAGAACACUGCCUCCCGCCGGCCCGCGAUAUACAGAAAAAAUGCAUUUUAUUUUACUUGUGUAAAAAUAUUGGGCAAUGUGGAAUAAAGAGCUCUUUUUUAAGCUGUG